GGAAACAAAACUGUUGCACUCCAUAAAAUAAAUUUCCCACGUUAGUAACAAAACCUGUCAAGCUACUUAUAUAGUUACUGCUAACGUUACACUCAGAUCGCACAAAGUGGAAUAAUAAUACCACUGCGAGUAAGAAGUGUAGGACCCCAACAUUUGCGGAUUUUACCAUUUCUGUCUUCUAUCGCUAGCUGCACGAAACAGUGGGGGUUCACAAUCAUGCAAGCCUAUAACACAAAACUUGCUGAGCGGAACGAUGAACCACCUGGAUACUAUGAGUACCAUGGAUACACAACUGAUUUCUAUAAUGCUUCGACAUCUGGACAUUCCGAACAACCUGGGUAUCUACCAUCAACAGCAUAUACACCACACUCCGAAUAUCCACCACCACCAGCAUAUACACCACAACCCGAAAAUACACCACUAUCCGAAUAUCCACCACAGUCCGGAUGUCCACUACAAACGGGUUAUCCACCACUACCUGGAUACCCGUCAGAACCAUCACCUGUCCUACAACAACCAUCACAACAACAACAACAGCAACAACUACAAAGACAACAACAGCAAGAGUCUGAUACUACAGAAGACCAACUAAAAGAAUCUGUAAUUAACAUAAGACGAACAAUUAUUGCUACUCUUUUCUGUUGUUUUCCAUCAGGUAUUGUUGCUCUUGUUAGUGCAGUUAAAGCAUACAAAAUGGCCAAAAAUGGAAAUUUAGAAGGUGCAACCCGCGCAAACAAUACUGCAAAACAAUUCAUCAAACUAUCACAUUUUGCUGCUUUUCUUGCGUAUAUUUUGUAUGUGAUUUUAAUCCUCAUUAACUUUACUUAA